AUGUCGGGCUCCAAUAUCAACUCACUGACACUUGCCCAGCGCAAGACGUCGUAUAGCAACCGUAAAGGGGGCGGCAUGGUUUCAGCAAGGGUAUGGGUGGCGGAGAAAAUUGACCAUCAGCAUCAUCUGUUGGGCAGAUCUGAAGAUGACGCUGAUACCGGCAUGAAGGCUGCUGAUUAUUGCAGGCUGGGCUAAAGGUAGCUAC